AUGGCUGAAUUUCAAAAACGCUGGGUCACUCACCUUCGCAAUAAUUCUCGUCAGGAGCCUUCUGAGCCUAAUCUCAGCUGUCCCUCCUGCGCCGAGGACAUUUUGCCGGACAUCGAAGCUUUUCGCGCCCAUGUUCGCGCCGAUGAACCCAAGCACCCGACACUCACUGGAGACGCCGACAUUAUCGAGGCAUUUAGAAAAAUGGCCAUCAAUCCACCCAGCCAAAGAUCGGGAAGCACUUCGUCCCAGUCCGCAAAUGCCACAAAACAGGUAGAGGACAAGGAUUUCACUACCAGUGGGAAAGGUGACCACCAGAUGAAAUCUGCCCAGCGGGAAGCUUCUGUCUCUUCAAAGCACAAGAAAGCGCGAUCGCCAUCCUCGUCUCUCGCCCCGGCUUCGUCACCUCCCACCACGCCCGGUCGCUCUCAUCGCCGCAGCGGUGUUGCUAGUGAUUUUGAUCGUGGCGAUGCAGCCAAGAACGUAACUGGCCGACAGCUUUGGAACCCACCGGAUGAACCUAAGAGUCGAGGUUCCCGCGCCAAGGCUUCGACACCGAGGCGAGCAAGGCACAUCAACCGCCCUUCUUCGAUGGACCAGCCCGUUGUCCCUGAAGUGCACCCAGCCGAUAUGACCACUAUCCCUGACUUCUCAUUUCUCCGGCAACCCGAGACACGGCCCAUCUCCAAAGAGCAGCUAGCUCAGGAAGUCACAGGCAUUGAGGAAGGUCUGAGGCUGGUCGAGGCUAAGUGCAUGGAACUAAGUGUUUCUCCAGAGAAGAGGAUCCCGCAAUCUCAAAAGCUCAGCGUAGAGCAAUAUCAGAAACUUAUCGGCUUACAUCGAACACUGCUACACGAACACCAUGAUUUCUUUCUCGCUUGCCAACAUCCGUCAGCUAAUGCAGCGCUUCGCCGCCUUCCCGCCAGGUAUAACAUGCCUGCGCGCAUGUGGCGCUACGGCAUCCAAUCAUUUUUGGAACUCCUUCGCAAAAGAUUGCCCGACUCGCGGGAACAUAUGCUCACGUUUAUAUGUAUUGCAUAUAGCACUAUGACACUUUUAUAUGAGACUGUGCCUGGUUUUGUGGGAACUUGGAUCGAAUGUCUUGGGGAUCUAAGCAGAUACCGUAUGGCUAUUGAGGACGAUGAUAUUCGGGAUCGUGAGACUUGGACUUCCGUCUCCCGAGCUUGGCCCGAUGCCCUACAGCAGUUAUAUUACUAUAACAAGUCACUAUGCGUCCCGGCUCCCUUCCCGAGCGCCUGGGACAGCAUUAUGUCGCUUUUCAAGCCAAUUUUGGGAAGGACAACCUCGCUAGAUUCAUCCGACGGGGAGUUUGUCAGAAUUCAUGCCAUCCUGUUUUCUGGACUUAAGCGCGAGGAACUAGAGGACUCUAUGGCCGAAUUUCUUAGUACUCUGGAUAGGAACAUCGCGGAAAGGAACAAGGACUGGCUCCAUCCAGGCUACUAUAUAGCUAUCUCUCUCAUCUGCUCUCUUCUCGGUUACGGCGCAACUACCAACCCCCUCAAGGUAGCUCUCUUAGCCGGUGAAAAAGCUGAUGCGCCUGCUACACCAGCCCUCGAUCCUGCAGCUGCGAAGAAUGUUAUCGACGAGGCCACUGCCGCCAAAACAUUUGAAACUGCAAGAUCAGUUUCCACGGCCGCCACGCAACGAGCCUCUGCGUCCACUAGCAGAAGAUUAUGCAAAAAGAUUGAAGAUGAUGAGAAGAUGUUUGAGCCGCCCUCACUUGGAGAUGAGCGACGUCAGCGCCUACUCUGGCUCGGACGCCGAAUAUGUAGUCUAGGGAACUGGAUCGCGUGGGACGAAGGCGCGAGCCGUUUUACUGUCAGUUCGCAAUUUGAACAAGACGCUGACGUGCCCGAAGAGACUUGA